AUGCCGACACCUUUCGAAGCCGUCCAUGCGGAGUCCGACGAAGAGGCGAAGAACUCUCCCCCGAGCUCCCGUGGUUGGAUGAAAAAAGCCGCUUUGGUUGUGACGGUCGGCCUUGGCGUGGUGGGCUUCAUGGCCAUGCCGAAAGCAGGGAGGUUUUGCCAGGGAUUGGAUCUCGGCGCCUUCCAGGGCAAGUCCAACCUGGGCUUGGACGCCGAUUUGGCUCUGAAAGCCGAUGCACUGAAGAGUGUCAAGAAACACUCGGCGGCCCAGAAGAUCGUCCUCAAGGCCAUGAAGAGCACUGGCCGAAAGUAUUCCAAGCACUACGAGCAGCGUCAGGUUCGUUCUUUGCCCGCAGAUCCCGCCGACGCUGCCCGAGAGAUGCUAACCAAGGCCGAGAUCACAACGUACAAGGCGACGAGGAGACAGACACGCAUGCGCAAGGCCACCAACGCCUACUGUGCAUUUAACGUGCUAGAGGCCUUCGUCUCCGUGGUCGGCAUGGGCGAUGAUAUCAAUGCCAUCAUCAGGACUUGCCCUCCUCCUCGCGAUGGUGAAGCAGAGCUUGCUUGCCAGGUGAACGGCGCCAUUUUGGUGACUUGGGUUGCCAACGCGGCAGCCAAGCUGUCCUAUGCUGCUACGAACUGUGCGCUGAACCUCAAUGUGGAUGCCGUAUGCUCCGUGGGUGUUACCGGCCUCGUCUCUGUGAUGGGCGAGCUGGCAGCGACUGCUUCCCUGGCGGCGGCCACGUGCACAGGGGUGCCACCGCAGUUGACCACCACCAAGAUCAGCGUGCUCGGAGACCAGACGGUUCGUGAUGGCCGACGACUUCUCAUUGGACAGGGUCCAAUCGGAGUAGGUGUGCAAUGCGGGGUUGACGUCGGCAUGGUGGUUGCCAACCUCGCCAACAUGGGGAUCUCCAUAAACUCGGCUGUGAACAGUGGUCAAUGCGGCCGCGUCAGCCUCGACGGGCCAAUCAACAAGGCAACCGGCUUAGUUACUGGCAUUUUCAGCGCCUUGUGCACGGUAGACAUCGGCGGCGCGAUCGCCUACAUGAGCCAGGUCGUGACGUUCAUCAAUCUCAUUGUGGUGCACUGCCAGGACUUCCUGGACGUCAGUGCACUCUGUGGAGCAAGCAUCUCAGGCAUCAUCACGGCCGCCGCGGCCAUGGCUCCCUAUGGCGCUGCCGUGCAUGCUGCGUGUGCCGAGGGCGACGUCCUGAAGAAUCCCAAGAAGCAGGAGCUCAUCAACGGCCUGUACACGGUGCCCACGUUCCCCCGCCGUUUGGAGGAAGUGAAGAAAGUGCAGGAGUUGAAGGAUGCCAUGGCCAAUCUGAAGGACCUGCGGCAAAAGUUGGAGACCAAGAUCGGCUUCAAUGCCUCGGUGCCCACCAUGUACUCCGAGGCGAACAUGGAGCAGAUGAUCCAACUCAUGAACGACGGGAUUGCUGGGGAUGCGGAGACGUCGUCCAUGCGUGGAUCUUCGGAGUUCACGAAGGAGGAAUGUGCAGAGUAA